GACUUGUAUAUAUAAACGACAGAAGAAAAGAAAAAGAAAGGUGUGGAUUGAAUGGAUCGAUUUUGAUUGAUAUCAUGAUCAGAAAAUGUAUGGUUGGGUUAAGUAGCUAGCUAGAGCUAGAUGAUGAGUGCAUGGCAAGUUGCGAAUGUGGGGUUUGCUUUAUUACUUAGAGGAGUAGUGAUCCAUUAUUCUUGUGUUUCCAUCCUCAUCCAAACAUGCUCAAGCUUCCAUCGUACAUGACAAACAUUGGGGGGCCAAAUUUUCCAAUCCAGCAGAGAAAAAGUGGCUUGGACUUGGCAAACAUCACUCAUUGUCAAAUGGAUUCGUUUAGCACUGACAGCGACCUCUUCUUCCACUUCAACUCAGAUUCUCAUGUAUGUGACAUUACAGCUUCGAGGGACACCGCCCCAAAAAGAAAACACCCUUUUCUCUGCUCCUUAUAUUAUGCAUCCCUAGCCAAGUAAAAUAACACCACAGACACACACACACAACACUAGUGUCAGUAGUGUUUGUGUGGGAUGGGGGAACUAUGGACCCAAAUGGGUUCAUUGAUGGCCACAAUCAUGUUUGUGUAUGCCAUGGUUGAGCGUUUUUUCCCUGCCGCGCUUCGCGACACUCUUCAAAUCCACUGUCAGAAAGUGGUGAACCUCUUGUACCCUUAUGUCGAAAUCACCUUCCCUGAGUUCUCAGGAGAGAGACUCAAGCGUAGCGAAGCUUACACUGCCAUUCAAACCUAUCUCAGUGAGAAUUCUUCGCAACUAGCCAAAAGACUCAAAGCUGAAGUGGUGAAAGAUAGCCAGAAGCCUUUGGUGCUUAGCAUGGACGACGACGAAGAGGUCACCGAUGAAUUCCAAGGUGUGAAGCUCUGGUGGGCUGCUAGCAAAACUGCCUCUAACCCUCAUGCAUAUUCCUUCUCUUACUAUUCUCCCCCUGAUGGAAAGAGAUAUUUCAAGCUCACUUUCAACAAAAAGCAUAGGGAUCUCAUCACCGUUUCUUACAUCAAACAUGUGUUGGAAGAGGGGAAAGAAAUUGCCUUGAGAAACAGGCAGAGGAAGUUGUACACCAACAAUCCUAGCAGUGGUUGGUAUGGCUACAAACAAUCAAAGUGGAGCCACAUAGUGUUCGAGCACCCUGCGACUUUCGAGACUCUUGCAAUGGAGCAUUGGAAGAAGGAAGAGAUCAUCAAUGACCUUGUCAAGUUCAGGAAUGGGAAGGAUUACUAUGCCAAGAUUGGAAAGGCUUGGAAGCGCGGCUACUUGCUCUUCGGUCCUCCCGGGACUGGUAAGUCUACUAUGAUAGCUGCAAUGGCUAAUUUCAUGAACUAUGAUGUCUAUGAUCUUGAGCUGACUGCAGUGAAGGACAACACUGAGUUGAGGAAGUUGUUGAUUGAGACUUCUAGUAAGGCUAUUAUAGUUGUUGAAGACAUUGAUUGCUCGCUCGAUCUCACCGGCCAGAGGAACAUGAGGAGGGAAAGGGGUGAGGAAGAGGAACCAAAAGAUCCUAGUAAGAAAGAUGAAGAGGAGGGUAACAAGAAUAGCAAGGUAACUCUAUCAGGGUUGUUGAAUUUCAUUGAUGGCAUUUGGUCAGCAUGUGGGGGAGAGAGGAUUAUUAUUUUCACAACAAACUUUGUGGACAAGCUUGAUCCUGCUCUUAUUAGGACAGGUAGGAUGGACAAACACAUUGAAUUGUCCUAUUGCCGCUUUGAGGCAUUCAAGGUGCUUGCCAAGAACUACUUGGAUGUUGAUUCGCACUAUUUGUUCGCUAGAAUUGCGAAUUUGUUGGAAGUGACCAAUGUGACUCCUGCUGAUAUUGCUGAGAAUCUCAUGCCAAAGUGUUUGAAUGAGGAUGUAGAGUCUUGCUUGCUGAAUUUGAUUCAAUCUCUUGAGAAAAAGGUGGCAGAAGAAGAAGAGGAAGAAGCAGGGUUGAAUGAAGAAAAGGUCAAGGGGGAACCUACUCAGCAGGAGAACAAAAAUAAUGGGCACAGUGUGGAAGAUGUGAAGGAAAAUGGAUUCGUGCUUUGAGUGGGAAAUGGAAAUACUCUUGAUUGAGAUUGUUACACUUUCUGGCUAAGAUAUCUAUUCUGCUGCAUUAUUAUUUUGUCCACUGCAUGUAUCUUUUCAGCUGAAUUGAUAGCAAUCAUCUCCUGUAGUUCAAUUUGUGGUUGAAACAUCUAUUCAGCAAUAUUAUUGUGUUGUUCUUUAAGGGGUCAAUUAGAUCUAUCAUUCUCAUUCA